CAACAUAAUAAAAACAACAACAAAAAUAUUUUGAUUUGUUGUUCUUGUUCUGUUGUUACUUUAUUACUUGCCUAGCCUGCCAUUUAUUGGCGCGGGGAUGGUACUGACCGUACACCCCAUGGAAUGUAUAGUCAAUCUUAUUCUUAGCAGCAUAGAUAAAAAGAAGUGAUCAUGAUGACUGGUGUAAUGCAAAAUUUGUUCCUUGCUGAUCUGCUGAUUUUUUUUCUGUCGUGGAAUUCAGAGAUAUCUGGCAUCAAGACUGAGAAGAGUGAGACUGAGGAGAUUAUUAACAGUAACACCGGCAGCAGCUGUCAUUAUGAUUUGGAUGUAGUUUGGACCAGAGAAAUCAGCAACAGUCUCAUUGCAGUUUCUCCCCUUGUAGCUGACAUCAAUGCUGACAAAUUCCUUGACAUCAUCUCUCCAGCAUUCAAUGAAGAGGUCGCUGUCCUACAAGGGGUCAAAGGUCAAAAUCUUCCAGGUUCAAACUGGCCAGCAAGCUUACCUGGGAGCUCUUAUCAUGCUUCACCCUUAAUGUAUGAUAUUAAUAGCAAUGGUCAAGAUGAUGUUGCUGUAUUUAGCUCUGACGGAGAGAUCUUCUUCUUUGAUGCAGAGGGAAACUUAAUGAAUGAACGAACUAUGAGAAUACCUCAUCUUAAGAUCCAAAAGGAAUGGUGGGAUAAGACAAGUGGUAUGAGGGACGAUGUUCUACGUCAGUCUAUCAGGUCAUCUCAACAGAAGAAUCAGCAGUUCAUGAGAUCCCCAGAUGAUGAACUGUUUGUUAAUGUCAGUGCUCAUGUGUUGGCUACACCGGUAAUCGCUGAUCUCAACCAGGAUGGUAUCAUUGAAGAGUUGCUGGUACCCGUCAGCUACUACUUUGACACAGGCUUGUACAGAUCUGAAGAGAGGCUUAUGGAGCUGGGAAUUUCAAGAUCUGAUCUUGAGAUGUACCUAGCUUGUGGUAUUGUGUUAUUCAACCUGACUACUGGAGAGAUAUACAAGGAGGUGACCCUUGACCUUACUAUGAUGAAUGAUGAGUUUCCAGCAUAUGUUCUCUUCACUCCGACUGUGGUGGAUCUAGACAGUGAAGGAGGCCCUCUUGAGAUUAUAGUUGGAACAUCAACAGGCAAUCUACAUGUUUUAGAUCAUACUGGUGCUCCAACACCUGGUUUCCCGUUGUUACUUAGUACACUUCAUGGGCAGGUCACAGUUGAAGAUCUCUUCAGUGAUGGACACCUUGAAAUGAUUGUUUUAGACACAAGCUCUAAUGUAAUGUGUAUUGACACAACAGGUAAGGAGUUAUGGGAUAGUCAGAUCUCUGGCUCCUCAUCAGCGGGUUCUAGAUUGGCUGAUAUUAAUCAAGAUGGCGUCCUCGAUAUCGUCAUAGCAACUAAUGAUGGCCAUGUGUGGGUCUUACAUGGAGAUACUGGUAAAGUGCUAGAUGGUUGGCCAAUAGAUCUUGGGGGAAGGUUCCUAGCAACUCCACUAAUUACAAGGCUUAGACCUAGAGAUCAAACACUUGAUGUGAUUGUUUCUGACUAUGAGGGCAGUCUUUACAUCAUAUCUGGGGAUGGCUCCUGCAUUGAGACCAUCCAACUCCGAGAAAGCUCCAUGACUCCAGUAUUAGCUGCUAACCUCAUCCCUUUGACCUCUGACCUAGAGCUUCUAAUUGCCACCAGUGAUGGCACAUUGAUAUGUCUAAGCGUGAAUAAUGAUACAGCCACUAAAGAAGGGUUGGAGAAUAAAGAGACGCUGUGGUCUCCAGAGCCGUGGCAUGCCGACACACCUGUUUAUAAUAGAUUCACCUACAUGGAUGAUAAGUUUGGUGUGAGAUUUGCUGAAGAAACUAAGAAGUUGGGUUAUGUGUCUGGAAGAAGUUUUGUGGUGAACUUUGAGGUUUUCGAUAAUAGAAUUAAGGCAGGAAAAGGAUUGUCUUUUAAAGUUCAGAUUAUAUCUGGAAAGAUUAUAUUAUUUCCUCAAACUACUUUGAGUAUCGGACAACACAGGCUGCGAAUAGCAACACCCAACCGACCAAUCAGAUCACUAGUUAGUGUUCAUUUGACGAAUAAUCAUGGCCAACUAUUCACAGACUCUUUUGCUGUAAGUUUCCAUGUAAAUCUUAUAGAUGAGCUACAGUGGUUGCUGUUUGUUCCAUUCCUUGCCAUGGUGACACUGCUUCUUCUCGUCCAUGGUUAUCCAGAAGUUGAUCUUCUUCCAAUGACUUUCAAGAAUAGCUGAGAAACAAGGUAGACACAACACUUUUUUUAUAACACAGUGUUAUAAUAUUAAUCAUCAUCAUAAUAUAGGGGUGAAAAGAAGAUAAAUUGUUUAUAGCAGGACUUGAACCUACAACUUAUGCACAAACAUGUCAGUGCUCAACCAACUGAGCUAUCUAGCCCUAAUGUUGGUGGUCUCUAUAACUUACGAACAAACAUGUCAGUGCUAAACCAACUGAGUUAUCUAGCCCUAAUGUUGGUGGUCUCUAUAACUUAUGAACAAACAUGUCAGUGCUAAACCAACUGAGUUAUCUAGCCCUAAUGUUGGUGGUCUCUAUAACUUAUGAACAAACAUGUCAGUGCUAAACCAACUGAGCUAUACAGCCCUAAUGUUGGUGGUCUCUAUAACUUAUGAACAAACAUGUCAGUGCUAAACCAACUGAGUUAUCUAGCCCUAAUGUUGGUGGUCUCUAUAACUUAUGAACAAACAUGUCGGUGCUAAACCAACUGAGCUAUCUAGCCCUAAUGUUGGUGGUCUCUAUAACUUAUGAACAAACAUGUCAGUGCUAAACCAACUGAGCUAUCUAGCCCUAAUGUUGGUGGUCUCUAUAACUUAUGAACAAACAUGUCAGUGCUAAACCAACUGAGCUAUCUAGCCCUAAUGUUGGUGGUCUCUAUAACUUAUGAACAAACAUGUCGGUGCUAAACCAACUGAGCUAUACAGCCCUAAUGUUGGUGGUCUCUAUAACUUACGAACAAACAUGUCAGUGCUCAACCAACUGAGCUAUCUAGCCCUAAUGUUGGUGGUCUAUAUAACUUAUGAACAAACAUGUCAGUGCUAAACCAACUGAGCUGUACAUCCCUAAUGUUGGUGGUCUCUAUAACUUAUGAACAAAUAUGUCAGUGCUAAACCAACUGAGUUAUCUAGCCCUAAUGUUGGUGGUCUCUAUAACUUAUGAACAAACAUGUCAGUGCUCAACCAACUGAGUUAUCUAGCCCUAAUGUUGCUGGUCUCUAUAACUUAUGAACAAACAUGUCAGUGCUAAACCAACUGAGCUAUACAGCCCUAAUGUUGGUGGUCUCUAUAACUUAUGAACAAACAUGUCAGUGCUAAACCAACUGAGUUAUCUAGCCCUAAUGUUGGUGGUCUUUAUAACUUAUGACACAACAUGUCAGUGCUAAACCAACUGAGCUAUCUAGCCCUAAUGUUGGUGGUCUCUAUAACUUAUGAACAAACAUGUCAGUGCUCAACCAACUGAGUUAUCUUGCCCUAAUGUUGGUGGUCUCCAUAACUUAUGAACAAACAUGUCAGUGCUAAACCAACUGAGUUAUACAGCCCUAAUGUUGGUGGUCUCUAUAACUUAUGAACAAACAUGUCAGUGCUAAACCAACUGAGCUAUCUAGCCCUAAUGUUGGUGGUCUCUAUAACUUAUGAACAAACAUGUCAGUGCUAAACCAACUGAGUUAUCUAGCCCUAAUGUUGGUGGUCUCUAUAAUUUAUGAACAAACAUGUCAGUGCUAAACCAACUGAGUUAUCUAGCCCUAAUGUUGGUGGUCUCUAUAACUUAUGAACAAACAUGUCAGUGCUCAACCAACUGAGUUAGAAUGUUGUUUAUGUUAGCUGUUUGUGUUUACAGUAAAAACUCAAUUGUAAUCUAAGCAUGGGUAACCAACAAAUAAUUUUGUUAAAAUGAAACGAAUUGCUUCCUAUGUAAACAUGAGACCUUUCCUAUUAUCAAAAUAACAAUGAUGGCAUGAUUUCCUUAAUAAGGACAGUGUUGUAAAACCAGAAGAAGAAAAAACCCAUCCAAAACAAACAAAGAAUCAGCGAACACACCAUGGGAGUUAAGAUUUACACAGCCUGAAGUGUAGUACAUGUACAUACUCAACGAGUCUUAAUUGAUGUCUCUCUACUCCUAGCGAUAGGGAAGGUAAAUUGUUUGAUAAAUAAUUGAUGGUAAUGAAGGAUUAGCAUGAGAGGAAUGUACAUUAGAGGAGACGUAAGCAGGAGAUGUAGGAUAGAAGUGAAUUAUUGAUGUGCCUUCUGGGUUACUAUAAGCGUGUCUAGUACUAAGGUAUAUCGUAGCAGUGAUUACUUGUGUUUCAAAUCUAGGCAUCUGUACUUUGUUAAAUUAAAGCGGUUUUACGAUUUCAGUUUUACGAUAGAACGAUUCCAUCUUCAAUUUUUUAUAAAAUUACUUUAACAUUUGUUUAAAUUUAAAUGUGGUUCUUGAAUUUAAAUUGUUUUUCACAUUUGUUUUAGUUAAAACAUCUAAUCUGAAAGACUUCCUGUUUCAUUUUGAUUGGUACAGUAUAGUAUUCAUUCAAAAACCACAAUAUUGUAUUAUCUGUUCAUAAUGUGUUUCGUUGAGUCAAUGUAAUUAAAAGGAUGCAACUUAAGAUGAAGUAUUGGUCGAAACUUUCCUAUCAUUAUAUUACAAUUACAUGAUACUUCUUGUUCUGGAUCGUGUUGAUAUGAAGAAUAGUCUACCGGUUACCAAUAAAGGCAUAUAGCAAUUUUC